CAAGCUCUCGGGCACUCUUUGACCCUCUCUUCCUCGCGCGCCCUGGGGCUGCUGGAGGAGGGGACCCUGGAAAGAGGCGGAGUCGGGGGAGGGGUAGGAAUGGGGAGCAAUAGAAGGAAAAGUUGCUAGGCUGGGGAGUGGACGCGGGGAGCGCUGCAGCAGCCAGCGGCAUGGCGAGUACGGUCUUGGAGAUCAUCGCCUUCACGGUGUCUGUCUCCGGCUGGGUGCUGGUCGCCUCCACGAUUCCCACCGACUACUGGAAAGUGUCCACCAUCGAUGGCACGGUCAUCACCACCGCCACCUUUUGGGCCAAUUUGUGGAAGACAUGUGUCACCGACUCCACGGGUGUCUCUGACUGCAAGGACUUCCCCUCCAUGCUGGCUCUAGACGGUUAUAUCCAAGCAUGCAGAGGACUGAUGAUUGCUGCUGUCUGUCUGGGAUUUUUUGCUUCCAUAUUUGCACUGUUUGGAAUGAAGUGUACAAAAAUUGGAGGCUCAUAUCCAUCCAAAGCUAAACUUGCUUGUUUAUCUGGAGUUGUGUUCAUUUUUUCAGGACUGUGUUCUAUGUCAGGCUGCUCCCUAUAUGCAAACAAAAUCACAACCGAUUUCUUUGACCCUCUCUUUGUUGAACAAAAAUAUGAAUUAGGAGCUGCUUUGUUCAUUGGCUGGUCAGGAGCUUCACUUUGCAUAAUUGGUGGUGUUCUAUUUUGCUUCUCAAUAUCUGACAACAGCAAAAUACCCAGAAUGGCGUAUACAUACAAUGGAGCCACAUCUGUUUUAUCUUCUCCUCCAAAGUACCAGAGUGGAGAAGGUGAUUUCAAAAACACAAGCUCUUCAAAACAGUUUGAUAAAAAUGCUUAUGUUUAACUAAUACUGCUACAGAUCACAAACUCGAGUUUGUCACAGAAUGAUUUCCAUCAAAGUUCCACUGUAAUUAACAAAAGCUAUUUUUAAAAUAUGAAUUAUAGCACUGUUGAUUUUAUGGAUGUAAAUUUUCUUACAUAAUUAUGUGCUAAUCAUUUUUUAUUGCGACUCUCAUUAAAAAAACAAACAGGUUUACUUACCAGAUAUUUUAAGUGAUUGAUAUAAUAAUUAAAAUAGGGAAUAUCUUGUUAAAUACAGUUUAAACCAUAGGUAUAGUACUUUCAAAUUAACCUUCCAAGUGACUCAAAUGGUGAAAAAUUUGACUUUUUGAUCAUUUAAAAUAGAAUAAUAAAUGUACCUAAAAACUCAACUACUUGAAGUUGGCUCCCACAUCCAAUCAGGAAAUGCUUAAUAUUGUUAGUGGUUGUUCUACUUUUCUUCUUGAAGAGAAUCAAUGGCAUCUGGAGGAAAAUGUUUUUCACUUCCUGUGAAUUGGAUGUAAGUGCUAAUAAGAGUUUGUUAAAUCUAAUUGAAGCUGAUCACCCAUUGGAGAAAUCAGAAUUUGUCCCAAAUUUGUUUUGGUUUUGGAACAUAAACCUAGUGACAUAUAGAUCAUUUUUAUUGUUUCUCACUUGUCAAAGUGGUGACAUUGAUGAGAAUGGUUAAGAUAUUGGAGUGAUGUUAGAGUGAAAAUGAUCUUAACCAAAAUCUCAUUGACACCUAAGCCUUAAAUUGUUUUAAGAGAUUUUUCUGGUAUAAUGCUCAGCAUGAACUUUAAGAAAAGAAUAAUAAGGAUGAUUAUAGUUAGCAUUUACAUAGAACUUAAAUUUUUAAAGCAAAUAUUAUCAUCCACCUCACAAGGUUGUUGUGGGGAUCAAAGGAAAUAGUAUUUGUUAAGCACUUAGCAGAGUGCCUAGCACGUAGCAGUAUUAGAUAAAUACUUACUUCUUUUCUAUAUUUCAUUUGAUUCUCUCAACAACCCUAAGAGAUAGAUGCUAUCGUUAUUAUUAUUCCUAUUAUACAAAUGAGGAAACUGAGGCAAACAGAGGUUAAGUAACUUGCCUAAAAUCAUACAGCUAGUAAGUAUCUGAGCUUGGCUUUGAACUUAGGUCUUCUUGAUUCCAGGAGGACUCUAUCCCCUAUACUCCUAGUUGUAGGGGAUAAAUGGUAAUGGUGUAGUUAAGUUCCAAUGAGGAUUCUAGAGGCUAAAUUUAGGUUCACCAAACUUAUGAAUAAAGAGGAUCUUGAGUAACUGGAAAUCCAUGACUGAACCCUUUGAAGAGCUAGACUAUGAGAUCACAUGAGCAAAAUGUGAAGGCAAGAUUUCUAAAUAAGAUAAAAUGAUUGUUCAAUAAAUGGAUAUUCAAUUCAGAUCAUCUGCUAGACUUGGGUUCAAGCAGGGGUCAGGAAUUUGUACAGCAGGUAUUUGUGAAUCAUUUGAUUUAGAAUAAAAAUCACAUGAUUAUACUUUUAGGGAGAAGAAAAAAAUAAACUGUAUUUCUCAGUAAGUCAAUGAAGACCUAGAAAAUUAGUGGAGAUUUCAUUUGAAAAUAUGCUUUGUAGAUAGUAGUUUGGGAUUAUUUAUUCAUAAAAAGAAAACUGGCUGAAAGUCACAUGAUAAAGAAUAGGAGGAAAGAAUCGGUUUGUGAACCAACUACACUUUUUUUCCCUUAAGUGAUCUGCAGAAACAAGUACAAAGUGAAAUUUAUUAGUAUGCAGGUAAUGCUUAGCUCUCUCGAGUUCAGGAAAAUAAACUUUGUGAAUGAAGAGAAAUAAACUAAAUAAGCAUUACUGGGGACAACUAAAGCAAUGAUUUAGGGGGAAAAAAAAAUCUAAACUCUAAAGUUACUGCUUUAGGCUACUGGUUAGUCCAUGAAAGGCAUAUGAAAUUGUACUGUUCUAUCAUGAAAGGUAAAUACCAAGUGAGUCCACCAGAACAGAGAAUUAAGGAAAUCCCUUGAAGCUUGAAAGAUAAAUUAAGAUAAGGAAAAGAAAUUACCUUAAUUCCUGAUCAAGUCUUCAAUAUGUAAAACUACAUUUCCCUAAGAGAUGGAAAUAAUACAAAAGCUAAAAAGAUCAGGAAAGAAUAAGAUAUUUAUGAUCACUCAAUAAAGAAUUUCAUGUAAUGUAAACAAGUUAUUAAUAGAAAUUCAGCAUUUCUCAGGUUGAGGCCAGGAAGAACAAUUAUGUCUUCCCAAAAACAUGUCCUUUGAUGCCACUUUUGCAAGGGACAAAAUAUAGGUCUUAAUAUUUCACUAUGGUUAUGACUCAUUAAUAAUCAGUCACAUUUUUAUGAACUAUAUAAAAUAGAUGGUUUACACUGUUCUCUAUGAUAAGAAAGGGAGUGAAAAUCCCUAAUCACUGCCAGAAACAUCUGAAUUCUAAACCUAAUCUUCAAAGUUACUGACUGAAAUUUACUAGCAAAUUUCAUGAGCAAUGAAUGAAAUAAAAAUUGUAAAAUAGGUCUCUGAAUAAUUUUGAACUAAUUGAGUAUGAAAUGCAAAAUUCAGAUUUAUAAGUUUUAAGUUCCUUAUAAGUUAUUUAUGGAGACCACAAAAUAGAUUUAAAGCUGAAAGAGAUCUUAAAGUGUUGGAUAUAGUCCAACACUUUUUUUUUUUUUUUGCAGAUUUGGAAACUGAAGGACAGAGAGUUGAAGUGAUUUAAGUUGACUUGGUAUUAUUAUAUGGGCAGAGCGAAUAUUUGAAACUAGGCAUUCAGAUUUCAAAUACCUGAGAUAUUUCUAUAUUUCCCUACUGCUAAUGGAUUAUUUGCUUUAUCAAGAAUUCCUUAUAGUAUUUUUAAAUAGUUUCUGUAAUGCAAAGGUCAUCAGCCUUUUAAAAUGGUGAACAAAAAUUCCCUUACCUCUUCCUUGGUAGGAGGGAUAAGAGAGGAAGCAAGGUAGUGUUAAGUCCUAAUUCUCUCUAGAUUGGUUAGAGAGAGGCCAGAAGGUGGACAUGGCAUGGUAGUAGCUAAAGAUGGUGAGCACGAUGUUAGUUGCUUGCUUCUUGUCUAGUAAAUGAAAGUUUGAUUCAAUCUCUAUACUGUACAACUUUUCUGGAACACAUUUAUUAUAUAAGGUGAAGUACAGCAAUAUAAUAUGUCCAUGGUGAUUAUGUAAAAUCAGAGGAACUUCUUAAAUUGCUAUAAUAAUGAGCCAUAAAUAAGAUCUUACAAUUCUAACAUUAGAUCACAUUAUUUCUUGAUUAUGAAUUCUGAUAUAAAAUAUUUGAAUCAGGAAAAAAAAAGAUCUCUAAAGAAGUAAUUUAGAUAUUUCUGUAAUAACUCAGUCCCACUCACAAUGAUACAAUGUAAGAAUUUACUGGAGAGGUUCACAAUUAAAGAAAAAAUAAAAUCAAAACCUCAACAUAGCCAUUUAGUUGAAAUGUCUCUUUGUUUCAAAGUACAGAAAGUAGCUUUAAAAAUGCUUUUUUUGAGUGUAUAAAAAAAUGCAAAAACAAUUGAUAUGAAUUUCCUGGCCUCUGACAAAAGUCAUAAUGGCAAGAAUACAACAUAAUUUGUUAAAUUUUGCAAUUUUAUAAUACAGAUUUUCUAUUAAAAUAAAAAUAUAAAAUGUAAUAAUCACCACAAAUAUACAUGUUAAUUCAGUAAUGACUCUGUCUUUUCUAAUGACAUUAUUAGGCAACCUAGUUAGCUAUUUAAAGUUAUAUUUUAUUCACAAAAUAUCCAAGAUAGCUAUUAUGAUGAAAAAACAGUAUCUCGCUAUAUGUUAAAAUGAAUGCAUUCAUUGUAAACAUGCUUAAAGUGUCUCAAUGCAGCAUACACUGAUGGUUCUGGUUACAAUUCUGUAGCUGAAAGUAAUUCAGGCCUAUAAACAUAUACACAUAAGUAAUUUUUUUGGUAAUUUUAGAAUUAACUGUAUGUCAAAAUAACCAGAUUAAUAUUUUAAGUAUGCAUUACUUCUGUUAUUUGGUUUAAAA